AUGGUGGCGCCUGUUGCCCGGGCUAUCCGGUUGUUGUCCGUCUUGCGCACCCGCCGGAGCGCGGUCACGUUAGCCUUCAUCAGCCUCCGCUGGUCCCGGGCGCUGGGACGAGGUCAAUACGGAUACGAGCACGGUCUGCUCAACCUCACAGCCCACGGACUGCUAGGCCGCGGUGCUGUCUACAUUUGCCAGGAUGAAAACCCGUCCGACUUGCCGGAAUCGUGCGAAACGCCCGUCCCAUUUGUGGCCCGGUCCUCCCGGAAGGCCAUGGGCCACGGUGUUAGUCUUGCUGCCCUUGCGCCUGCGCAUGCCCCUGACGCCACUUCGCCCGCCGCCGAUUCCGGCACCAUCGACCACGAGGACUUUUACGAUGUCGUGGUUGACGCGGCCGACUGGCCCGCCAACACGACCAAGACGUCUGCUACGCAGGCGCUGCCUAUGGGCCGGGUCGCCGUGGCUACCUACCACUCGGACGGCAAGCUGCUCGGCGACAUCAACAAGACGCGGCCGGCCGAGUCCCAGCUCGGCCCGCUCUAUCAGUCCAACGUCCUGGUCAAUAAGACGGGUACCCUGACGGGCACCGUAACCUUCACGUCGGCGAGCACCGUCGUGCGUAUGUCGGACACGGCGCCGAAACCCGAGAGCGACGACCCGCUGCCGGUGAAGAACCUGACUUUCUCCAAGCUGAAGAGUGCCGUGAAGAUCCCCUUGCUCUACCAGUCGGCCAAGUUUGCCUUUAGCUGGGACUUCAACGACAUCUCGGGAGCCGUCUACGAGUUCAACCCGAUUAUGUUCGGCAGAGGCGCAGACCGCCACACACAUCGGAGCAACACGCACCGCCCUGCCAGCUGGGACUCACGUCGGCCCAACCGUGGCAUCCGUGACGAACCGGCCGGCGCCCGUGACGCGAGCCCUGAUCGGGGCGCAGCCGCUCACCGUCGAAGGCAUGCGAGCAUCCCGGGCUACGCCGAGAAUGCCGUGCACAAGCAGAGCCAGACGAUCCUGCAGAACAUCAUGUUCUACCAUAUGAACGAGAGCGACCGCACCAGCUUCCUCACCUACCCCAAGCCGAGAGACCUGCCCCUCGAGUUAGCCGACAACCUGCCCGCGGACCUCAAGACGUGGAUCCACGACACGUACGCGCCCGCAUACAUGUCGUUCAUGCUGUCGCAGGUGUCGCCCGCGGACAGCUCGGAAGGACAAGAUCUAGCACUGGUGGUCCGGCUCGCUUUGGCUGACCGUUGCCGCGCCCCCCAAUCGCAGGGAAAGAAUUGCCUGUCCAAGACAGACCAGUCGCGCGCUGCCAUGAUCGCGCUCUUUAUCACGGCUGGACCGGACAACACGCUGAACGCCCUGCUGGAACAGCCUAUCAAUAGUGCGUCCCAUACCCCGGCGCUAAAGCCGUCCGUCCCACAGAACGUCAACCUGUUGAACAUGUAUUGCAACAUCUUGCACACGCUUGCCCCUAAGCCCAGCGAUCUGGGCGAGUAUGCAGACCGGCUCUUCCAGGCGGUGCUCUCGUACGCACAGUCGGUGCAGAUGACGUCGACGGCCGUCUUCAGCGACCCGACGGGCGAGACGGCGCACCAGUGGCUGUACGACGGCAUGUCGGCUCUGAUCCAGGCGACGCUCAACAACGACCCGAGCCUCGACAGCACGGUGCGCAACGACCUUUUGAUAGAUCUCAACGACCUGCAGACGGAACUGGGCAUCGACGCCAACCAGGCCAACACGGUCAAAACCCGCCUGAUGCUCGCCGAGAUGAACAUCCUCAUUGCCAACAUGGCGAAGUGGAUGAGCCAAAUCGGCAAGGGCAUCUCCAUCCUGGGCGGCCGGUAUUGUGCUGGCCUGGCCGGCUGGGUCUUCGACCGCGCCGCCGGGGUCACCUCGCGGCUGAGCCCAAAGGCGAUCGGCUUAAUGAAGGGCACUGCCAUUGUCGCUUUGACAGCAGUUUAUGCAUUCGCAGCCAUAAGUUCCUUUCUUCAUUGGGACACACUCAGCGGCACCGGCCGAGGCGAGGCAAUCUUGAUCACGGCGAAGAUGGUGACCGACGUGUUUGGCAAAUCAUUUGAGGCGUGGUCCGAAUACAAGAAGCCGCCGCGCCCCGGGCCGGGACCGGAGCCGGCGCCGGCGCCCGAGCAAGGGCAGCAGAUGAACCUCGAACUCGGCCAGGCCGAGCACGGCAGCCCCCAGCCGAGCCUGCCUGGACUGGUUGACGGCGCGAGCGGCGUGGCGAUGGGUGAGCGGAAAGUCCAGGCCGAGGACCUGAAGGAACCGACGCCGUUCAAUGAGGAGGUGCCCGCGGCGCCGGCGGCGGCCGAGAGCCGCUCCGCCGGGGCAUGGCGCCGCUUCAACACGCCCUCGGACUGGUUACGCGCCGCGGGGAUCGUCCUUAGCGUGGCGCUGCUUGUCGCCAUAUCGACGGGCCUCGCCAUUGUCGUUGACGUCGCCAUUUUCGCGGGCGAGAUGUAUGCGAUGACGACGGCCAUGUACGUGGCGGCGCUGCCCAUAUUGGACGCCGUGCUGGCCGUCAUCGGGCUUAUCGUGGUCGUGCUGAUGCUGACACUCGACGUCACCAAGAAGGAAGACCCCCCGCUGACGCACGUCGAGACCUUCAUCCGCGGCACGGCCAAGCCGCUCGUCGCCGCCUGGGACGCCAUGCCGCAGCCGGCGCUCAGCUACUCGAUGCCCACCAAGGUGACGCCGGGCGCGCCGACCGUCUUCAGCGUCUCAGCGCAGAAUGGCUCGGGCGCCGACGUGGCGCGCACGUCGGUCAAGGGGACGGUCGAGGGCGGCUCCAACGCGUCGUGUCUGUUCAGCGAACUCGCCAUGGCCGACCUGGGCGUGCUGCCGGGCGGCGCCGCGGCCGCUGCGCUGACACUGCACUCCGGCCAGGUGGCCGCCGAGGCGGUUGAGGCGGGCCCCCCGGAGGAAGCGCUCUCCGAGGCCAUCACGCAGACGCAGCGCUCCAGCACCGUCACCUCGUGGAACUUGGUCGUGCGCGGUGUCGCCGACCCCGACACCAACCCGACUGGCGCCCUGAAGCUGCUGGGCACGGGCGGCGUCAAGCAAGGCUUUGUCGUGUCGUUUUGCGGCGUCGUGAACCAGGCCGGCUCCAACGUCGUGCAGAUUGUUGAGACGCUGGUCACCGGGGAUAGCUGCCGGGCCCUGUUUAGGAUUGCGUGGCAGUGA